CAUAACAAGAUGUUCCACUGCUACCGCCACCGCGGUCGGUGCGACGGUAAACAAAAAACAAAAAUCACCGAAGUUGUUACCUGUUAAAUGUUUAGUGUUUACUGCGCCGUCCGUUGUCCACCUCGAACCGUUCGGCAGCGUCAUAGCAUGUCAUACUAUUUCGGCGGUCGUCCGUGUUGUCUCGGUGAUCGCGCUCUAUCGAACGGGCAGCCGACCAAUAACGACGGCAGAGCGGCUCCGAUCUCUUGAGCACACAGCAACAACGGUCUUUGGUGGUCGUAGUGUCGUACACAUUUGCACUAUUUGCAGUCUUACGUGUCGCGUACCGUAGUCGUACGUUUUGUGUGGUACAGCACCAAAAUCCAUUGUCGCCCUUGGCCGUCGGGCGUUAGGUCUAAAACUACGACAUCCGUCGCGAGCGCUCCGCGUAUCCGACGUCCGAGUCGUCGCGCGCACCGCUGUCCUCGGUGCCCCUCGUCUCGGCGUUCGAUCGGCUCGUUUGCGCGUCAGUCUGUUUACGUUUGUCAGCCGUCCGUCCGCCAUCGGUCAUAACAGAAUCACGUCGUCUGCGUUGUCACCUCGUCAAAGUCGUCGUCAUUAAUCCCGGCCAACCGCGUUUUCUUUGAUUUAUCGUGUUUAUAUAUCGUAGAAAUACGUCGCGGCCGUGCCCGAACAGUAUUACUGCUGUUAGAUCGCCUGAACGUCUCGUCUCCCGCACGACCGACGCCGCCAUUUGUUGUCGCACGCAUCGGGUGUAGGCCAUCUGCCCGUUUUGCGUUUUUCUUCGGGCCGAUGUUUUCGAUUGUCAUUCUGUCGAUUUCGUUGUCGUCGUUUAUCGUUCACGAACCACUCGUGUAAUCUGUUCAAGUGCGCACUGACGUUUAUUACAUCGAGUACGAACACGCGACCGCACGCGACGGUUGUCGAUUAAUUUGAUCGUUGUCGUAAUGGCCGCCAAGAAAUCGGUUUCGCCCGGACCCAUCGACCUGAUGAAGGAAAUAAUGAGAUUGAUUGCUGAACCGAAUUCGGUGAACAAUAAAAAAAGACUAGAAGUUGCUUAUAUCCAAAAUCCAUCUAAGGCCACUGAUCCUACAACAUGUAAUCUAUGCAGUGAUAGUACAGGAUUUGUGUGCAGCGGACAAUAUCAAAAAUCCUUAGAUACCCCGAAAAAAUAUGAAGAAGUUAGACUCAAGAUAAAAAAAAUAUUUGAUUUUGAAUAUCCGUUCGAUCCAUUUGAAUCAUUCCUCGAAGAAGUACCAAUACAACGCAAAUUCAAUGUAAAACUUCCUGCUAGAAAACAGUUGGAUAAACUAAAAAUGAUCCGCAAAAACGAUAGAUGUGUUGUUUGCAAAAAAUGUGUUCUUCAUGGACGAUUAGUGCAAUGUCAUCAUUGUACUCGACUAUAUCACCUCAAUUGUUUAGACCCUCCUAUUCGUGAUUGGGAUCAUAGUAUGAGAUGGGUCUGUCCAGCUCACGACCAGUUUUUAGAAUUAGCAUAUCCUGAUGUUUUCACUCCUGGUCAAGGAUUACAGACUAUUAAUAAUAUAACCACAAAAAGGACACAAUGUGAACUGCCAUCUAUGCCUGUAAACAAAUUUUUCAACAUACCUAGUAAAAUUGAUGCUAUGUAUAAAAAGCCAGAAGAUAGCGUUCCAACAACAUCUAAUGAAAAUUCAUCUUUAAAUAUUUUAUGUGAUGUUGCAUCAAUUGCAUUAAAAUCAAUAAAUUCUAUUGAUAAGACAAAUGAAACUGGCAGUGUUACAAAUUAUGUUUCUGAUACAUUACUGCAAAAAAACAAAAUUUUACCGCCUAAAAGUUGCAGUGCUACUUUGUCUUGUUUAUCUGUACCUUUAAAUGUAUCUGUACAGAGAGAAGUAUUAACGAUUGGCAAGAGUCUUAAAAAUCGACUUAGUUUGCAACAUUAUGGAAAUUGCGAAAAUAUAUCUGAUUAUCAUGCUACAAUCAGAUUUGAUAAAAAAACUGGGGAUUUUAUUUUGAAAAAUCUAAGUCGAUUUGGUGUUAUAGUUGAUAAUGUAUCCUAUUUUGGAAAUCGUAGAAAACCAUCAAAUAAUCAUGAACUGAAAAAAGUUGAUUCUAGUCUUAAACGGCACAUAAAUAAACAAAGAAAAACAAUUCAAAAAGAUAAAAUUAUUCAAGUCACCACUAACAGUGACGAUGAAAAACCAGUAAUUAAAUAUGCUGGUAAGAAACGUGCAUUUAAUUACAAACCAAUGUCUAAAUAUUAUAUCAGUAAGUACAAGAACAUGAAACAUAGUUAUCAAAAAGUUCAAUGCAAGUGUUCUAAGAGACUUGUUCAAAAGGAUGGUUACUCUGGUUUUGCUAUCCUGCGGAAUGAGUCUAUAAUAUUAAUCGGUUGCAUGAAAUUUAAAUUUACUUAUGAUGUAGGCAUAACAGAAAUUCUCAAAGCAUGUACAGAUGAAUCACUUGCCAAGAUAAACGGGAUAGUUGAAAACAAGCCCUUCAAUGAGUCACGUUUAAAAUGUUUUUCUAAAAAAGAAAAUGGCAUCGAUAUAUUGGUUGAUACAAUAAAUAAUCUUAAUUCAUUUUCCAUUAACGACAAUUGUUCACUUAAAGAUGCAGAUGAUUCAAACUCUAUUAACGAACAAAACAUUACCAAUAAGUCAAAUUUAGAAAAUUCAGCACAAAGUGAAUUUUUUAAUAUCAAGGUUGACGGUGUAUCUGAAAACAAAGUACAUGAUUAUGAAGAUGAACCACCUUCAAAAAUAAAUGCUUCUGAAAUAUCAAACACAGAAUGCAUAAAACGUUGGGAGAUGAUGAAUACUGUGUCUAGUAAUGAAAAGUCAUGUUUUGCCAGUGAUUUAAUACAAGAAGUAGAAGUCAAUGAGUCGUCUGAGGAUGGUGAAAUUAUUGAAGAAGAAAUUGUUUAUGAAAUGAAUUAUGCAGAGGCUGAUAAUUUUGCACCUGCCCCUAUUAAUGACGUUCAAGAUUGGCUUAUAGAAGAGAUUGUAAUUGAUGAAGAAAGAAACUUCAAUGAUAACGAACCUGAAAAUUCUAAUGACCCACAAUUAACAUCAACAGUCGGAUUUCCUGAAUCUGCUUGUAACGAUGAGGACUUUAAGACUGAACAUAUGUAUUGUGCACGUAGUGUAACAUAUGAUAGUGAGACUAUUAUCAUAUCAGAUGAUGACGGGGGUAAUAACAGUGAAAUUGAUAACGACGAUGAGAAAGAUUUUAUGCUCUAAAAAAAAAAAAAAAAAAAUUAGUUUUUCAUUAUUAUUUUGUUAUUGAUUUAUUUAUUAAGGUUUGUUAAAGAUUUCUAUGAUAUCAGUAUAAGUUUUUUUUUCAAUUUUCCAUUGUAACUUUGCCUUUAUUUAUCAAUUAUUAU